GUACAAGGCCAUCUUUCAUCAGCGGGGUUUGGAUUUCAAUGGUGAAAUGAGAGAUAGGUUGCUUGUAUUGUUAUUAUUAGGAGUAGGGGUUAUCAAAGUAUACGAGGAGUACGAUGAGGAAGAAAAAGAUGAACGUGACCCUAUGGAACUAAUUAAACAUAAGCAUAGUAAAAGGGAUUUGGAUGCUGUUGAAAAAACUGUCUCAAGCCCAGUACCAAUUGAAGAAGAAACAAUUGAAGCAACAUCCAGGGGCCUUUCACCUAGACUGCGGGUUAAGUGCAAAGAUAUCGAAGACGAAUGUUCUUGCAAACGACUUUUGUGUUUUGGCUCAAAUAGCUGUGAGCGGAUGAACAGCUAUCCAACCGAAGCACUCUCACGCAAUGCCACGGAAUUUGUGUGGUUACAUCGCUGUCGCCAAACAUAUUUAAUGGGACAGAAUUUGUGCGAAUGCAAGCGACUAUUAUUCCAUAAGGAGGAUGUCAAGUGGCUGACUCCAGAGUCUACAAGCUUGUCUUUAUUACAGCUUUGAUAACAUUCAGCCUGUAUGUACAGAGUUUGGGCUUACACACUUUAUGCAUUUAUCUGAGUUUAAAAUCCUGUGUUUACUUUCUUAAUAAUUUAACUUUUAGUGAAGAGACUUGCAUUUAUGGUGUAAAAACUUUAGUUUUUAUCAGUAUAGUUAUCUUCAAAAUUCUUUCUAGUCUAUUUGUUCAGUUAUUUCAGUCGUCUAUUUGAUUGACUCAAAAGUUUAUGACCAGAUUAUUUGAAUUGUACUUUACUAAUACAUCAAGUAUCUAAAACCAAUUUUAUCUUUUUAUUACAAUUGGGACUCACGAAGUGGACUAAAUUUUUCACUGUCUACUCUUCAUUAUGUUUUGUACAGGAAUGGAUAUGAUAUCCCUGUCAAGAAAGGUGGCUAUAAUUACAGGUAACUGUGGUAGUUUAAUGCUGCAUCUGCUAGCGAAAUGCUUUCCUUAAAACUAAUGGGCUAAGCACUUGUUACAGUAUUACGAAACUUUAUUUUACGAUAAGACUUGUUGCUAUUUAUGACAUUCUGAUUCCCCCAUCUUUCUGUGUUGUACCAUAUUAUCUGUAGUAACAAAACACCUACCGUCCCCAGUGCUCAUCUUUUGUUUGGACUCACUAAAGUCCUUGGCAAUCUCAACCCUGUAAGUGUGAAAAUGUGGGGGUUUUCGGCAAAACAUUCAAGUCAAGUGAACAUACUACUCCACAGCUCCGGACGGCUGUCAGUGUCUUCUGUAGAACAUGGUGGUAGGCAUUCCUAGAAUGAUAUUUUAUUUAAUGUUAGUAUUAAUCCCAUGUUUUACUUGGACUUUUGUAGCUUCCUGCCUCUACUCUUUCGGGAUGGAAUUUAAGGACUACAAAAAGGUUGUUAGAAACUCCCCUCAAUAUGUAUUCGUUGCAAUAUUUGGUUUGUCAAUAAACUUGUUAAUGUGUAGUGCAUAAUUGAAUCUUUUUAGGCACCACCUUUCCAUCAUGAAAGCUAUAGUACAGCACUUCGUGUUUUGAGAACGGGGUAGUUAGUUUGGAUACGUCAGUUUACAGUGGUAAAACUACGUCGAAAGGUUAGUAUGGUUUGCAGACUAUGAUAUCUGGGUGUUAUACACUAAGCUAUUCCAUAAAAUUGUACAUGGUUAAUGCGUUUGACGCAGUCUGACGUAAUCACAUACGAACUUGAUGACGUUAGAUAUUGAACACAACCUAAACACUACCAAGUUUUGCUGCUAGUCUUAGUACGUGAAUGACGGGUUUUCAUCGUAGUUCUUAGAAAAUUUCGGUUAUUUAUAGGUGUGUACGUACCCAUCACCCAUACAAAUCUGUUCAGAAAAUUACAAAUAUAUGAGAACUAAAAUUAGUCUCACUUUCUUUCCCAUAGGAGCAAGUUCAGGAAUCGGAAGAGCGACAGCUAUUUUGUUUGCAAAACUGGGAGCGUGUGUUGCUUUGGUUGCUCGGGAUAAGUCACGAUUGGAAGAAACUCGACAAGCAUGCAUCCAAAUAUCUCACCCUGACGUUUAUGAAAAACACAAAGAGCCUUUUUUGUGCAUUGAGGCUGAUUUGGCUGAACCAUGUGAAGUUGAGAAAGCAUAUCGAUUGGCAAUAAAUCACUUUCACCAACUUGAUAUAUUGGUAAAUAACGCAGGAUGUAUGAUAAGAGAUACUGUCGAAAGCUUUAAUGCUACUGAAUAUGAACACAUGAUGAAAGUGAAUGUAACUGCUGCGAUUACGUUAACUAAUUUGGCUAUCCCAGAUCUUUCUGCUUCCAAAGGUUCCAUCGUCAAUGUAUCUAGUGUCUGUGGAAAACGUUCAUUUCCUGGAGUAAUGUCUUAUUGCAUUAGCAAAGCAGCGUUGGAUCAAUUCACUAAAUGCACUGCAUUAGAUUUAGCUCCAAAAGGAAUCCGAGUAAAUAGUGUCAACCCAGCAGUUAUUGUCACUGAACUGCAUCGUCGAUCUGGAAUGUCUGAAAAUGACUAUGAGAAGUUUCUUUCAAGAGCCAAUGAAACACAUGCUCUCGGACGAACCGGAACUGUGGAAGAAGUGGCUCGAGCAAUAGCUUUCCUUUCGAGUUCUGCUUCUUCCUUCACUACUGGCAAUUUGCUAAUGGUUGAUGGUGGUCGAUCUAUCAUGUGUCCACGCUAAUUAACUUUAUUUUUCCAAAUAUUACAUGCUAUUUCUUAAAUAAAAUGGGU